CGGGCCUCCCGUUGCUCCACGGCAUGUGGCUGGGGCUGCGGUUGUGUUGCUGUGCUCGGUUUCUGGGGUGCCUCUUGACCUUCCAUGGUGCCUCACCUCAGAAAGAGCUCCUCGGAAAUUGCUAUCCGUUGUGAGAUGGAAGAACCAGUGCUUGAUAAACUGCCAUCUUUGUGCCAUACUCCAAAGGAUUCUGGGACAGCAGCUCCACAGGCGACUAGUUCAGGGAAACGGCCAAUGAGUGCAGCUCUGAGGGAGCGAUUGAGGAAAACAAGACGUUCAUUUAAUGCUAAUAUUGCAGUAGCAAAGCGGCUCAAAAUAAACACUGAAGAAAAAGACUGUCCUGAUGCUGACAAAGGGUGUCUGCCAAAGACGAGUACGGAUUGUUCCACAUUACAAGAUGGUUCGGAAAACCUGGAAGGAAAUGGCACUGGACAUAUAUGUGUCAAAAGUCCCUUACAGGAGAGUGGUCUCUGUGGAUCUGCAGAGAAUUCUUAUGUGCUACAAACUGAUCUUAGUCAGCAGCAGUCCCUGGAAGAAAAAGUAAGGCUGCUGAAACAAGUGCAAGAGAAAGAAGAACUACUUCGGAGGCUCAAACUGGUUAAGAUGUAUCGAUCUAAGAACAACCUGUCUGAACUGCAGGCUCUGAUAGUGAAAUGGAGAAGUAGUACCCAGCUGAUGCUGUAUGAACUCCAGUCCGCCUUUUCUGCAGAUGGCAAGAAAGUGAAUCUCACUCAACUGAUAGAUACUUUUGGAUUAGAAGACCAAUUACUGCAUUACAGCAGGACAGAAGAAGAUUUUGUAGAUCCAUAAUCUACAGGUGUAAAAAGCUUUGAAUUACACACAUGCAAAAGCAGAAAAGACUGAAUUCUGAUCAUGUAAGAAGUGUUGAUCAGACAGUGGACUUUAUGCUUUGAGGUUAUGAUACUUGUAAAGCUGUGUACUUAAAUACAGUAGGCACUGUAAAAGGCAUUACCUAAGAGAAAACACUGAACUUGUGCUGUUCUGGCUUAGCAACUUGAUUAGUGAAUCAUUAUUUAAUAAAAAUCAAAUGAAAUCAAGCCAUACUUUAACAGGUAGAAGGCAGCCCAUUCUUUGAUUAGUCUUUGCAAGGUUACCUGUAUUGAUAUAGUACCUCACUUUGUCACUUCUGUUGAUGUUCUGAUGGGAAAGAGUUCAUAGAUAUGUCCCCAUUUUACACAUCUUCCUGUUGCCCUUCAGUUACUGACAGCAUUUUGCAAGUUAACUAAUUUUCAUGUUGUUAAUAUUCUGAAGCCACAAUGAGAUGUUCUCAAUAGCUUUAAUUGUUCAUGAAGGAAAUGUGCCAUAAUGCAGUCACUUUCAGGUACUGGUCCAGCCAGUUGUCUUCAGGGAAGCUGAAGUAUUCUCCCACAGCCUGAGAUAAUGGAAGGGAAGGCAAGAAAAUUGUAACCAACCCCUGUCUCUUCUACUAUUUCAUGUGAGAGCCAGGUAUUUUCUCUCUUCAAACAAACAAGAAAAACAAGGGCUUGUCUAAAGGGAGUGAUUCCAAUACAGCAUCAUAAAACUGAAUGAAACUUCAGCAUCUCAUUUACCCUCCAAUAAAUGUCUGUUUUAAAUG